GGUUUCAUUCGAAUUCCUUUCAUCCUAAACCUUCAACGAUUUCAGUCAACUCGCGAGUUUAAAAAACAACCUCUUUUCUAGUCUAUUUCUGAAGGACUAGAACUGAAAAACAGACUUUGUAACUAGUGAAAAAUUCAUGAAUUUUCUCAUCAUCUGAACUGAAAAGAGGGACUACAAAAAGUUUAAAAAAAAUAAUAAAGACUGAUUUAAUUUAAUUGACUGAUUAACAGUGAACUUUUUCGUUCUGUUUCUCUGUUUUGAAUAUAAAUAAUGUCUCUAAUCAGCAGAUACGUUGUAUCUAUUAAGGGGAGAGCAUUAUCAAUUGUUCAUUCACAUGUUGGAAUGACAAUUGGUAGAUCAAUGUCCAGUGGUGGUGAUCGUGUAAAUGAGGAUUCAAUAACCAAAUCUGUGUUCAUGUCACAAUCUAAAGAUAUAUUUACCAAUUUGGCAUUGGAGGAUUGGUUAUAUCGUAAUUACGACUGUAAAAAUAAUCACAUAUUGUUACUAUGGAGAAAUGAUCCUUGUGUGGUUAUUGGACGACAUCAGAAUCCCUGGAUUGAAGUUAAUAUUCAGGGGCUUGAGGAGCAGGGAAUUGCCAUGGCCAGACGCAACAGUGGUGGUGGUACUGUUUAUCAUGAUACUGGAAAUCUGAAUCUAUCGUUUUUUACUCCUAGGGAGAGGUACAAUAGAAAGUAUAACCUGCAGAUCAUUACGAGGGCUCUGUACAGAGAAUGGGGAAUUCGGAGUGAUAUCAAUGAGAGGGAAGAUAUCGUCGUCAAUGGGAAUUUAAAAGUAUCCGGGACUGCUGCAAGAUUGGGACGACCCAAUGCUUAUCAUCAUUGCACUUUACUGGUAGAUGCUAAUAAGGAAAAUUUACGAAUGGCGCUUGAAAAGAAAGAGGCUGGCAUAAUCAAUGCUAAUGCAACAGAGUCUACAAGAUCUCCAGUAAAGAAUUUGUGUGAGAUUAAUAGUCGAGUGAAUACUGACGCUUUAAUGGCAGCUGUUGGUUGGGAAUAUCUUCGGACUAAGGCAAUGAGCCUGGAGGAUGGGGGACAUCCACUUGUGCAACUGCAGAGAGGAUUUCAAAUGAUAAAUCCUACUGAACAAUGGUUCCCUGGACUCGACAAACUCAGAGAAGAUUUUCGAUCGUGGAAGUGGAACUAUGGGAGAUGCCCAAAGUUUACAGUGACAAGAGACCUAAAAAUGCCAGCGGAUUCAACGAAUUCAACGGGCAACGGAGGGUUCCAUCAGCUGAAACUCACCCUGGAAGUUAAUAAUGGAAUCGUUGAGGAUAUAAAACUGAGUCUACCACCAAAUGUUCUUUCAAAUGCUGCUAGCCAAGAUGCCAGUGUCAUAACUCAUCUCCGAGGAGCAAAAUACGAUCACGACUUCACGGAGAAAAUCGUCUCAGCUCUCGGUUGUACCAGUGUACCUCUUGAUGCCACGCAGAGCGCCAAUAUAAGUAAUAUGGCAGCAAAUCAAUGACCAAAUCACCAAGAUGAUUCCAACUAAGAUUUUUAACUUUUUUUUGCACUCUAUAAUACGCUUGUGUUCUUACUAUGUAUAUAUCUCUAGUUUCUGCCUGUUAACUACUGAAAUGAUACUGUUAAGUACCUAAAGAUUUGCUUUUGUCUUGACCGUAUUAACCGUUUUUAUUAAUCUCCAUUGAUUUAUUGGUGUUAAUGUACUCGUCAACUCGGGCGCUUUCAAUUUCAUCAGAGAAUUGGCUUCGUGACUAAGUUAACAAGGCAGUAUUUCCUGUAGGAUAAUUAACAAUUUUAAUGAUUGUUAUUCCGGUCAUAGAAACUGCUCAUUGUUAUUGACUUAGGAGCGCAAUUGCAAUUGAAAGAAUUCAGCCGUUUGAUCGGACACGGCCUUUCAUUCGGAAAUAGAGCAGUUGAAAUAAACGCGAUUGUCGGUCAUUUUAAUAAAUCGAUUUUUGCGUUUCGAUUUUAUUUUGAAGUUGGCAUGUUAGCUGUUUGUAUAGAUCUAUUUUUUUUGUUAAUUCAGAAAAUACUGUUGAAUAUAUGAGAAUAUUUUUUAAA